AUGUUUGGCAAUGAAGUUGCAGCUGGAAUGGGAGGGAGGGCCACCUUAGGAAUUGUGGGCAUAGUUGGCAAUGUGGGCUUUGGCAAAGGUGGAAGAUUUGUUGGUAAUGUUGGCAAAGGAGUACUUGAUAAUGGUGGCAAUGUGGUAGGCAAAUUUGGCAGGGUUGUACCAGGCAAUGUUGGUAUUGCUGGUAUCACUGGUGGGGAAGUUUGCAAUAGUUGGCGAGCCGCCUGGCUUUCUUGGAUGCUCGAAAAUGAUAAAGCAAUGAGGAAAGCUAGAAAGAAGCAAACAUUGGAAGAAUUGGAUGGCGGUGGUGAGAAGAAAGGAAUUGAAGGAAAUGAAGUUGGGAUAUUAGUUGGGAUUGGAGGAAUUGUGGAUGGAAUAUUUGGCAAUGAAGUUGCAGCUGGAAUGGGAGGGAGGGCCACCUUCGGAACUGCGGGCAUAGUUGGCAAAGAUGGAAGAUUUGUUGGUAAUGUUGGCAAAGGAGUACUUGACAAUGGUGGCAAUGUGGUAGGCAAAUUUGGCAGGGUUGUACCAGGCAAUGUUGGUAUUGCUGGUAUCACUGGUGGGGAAGUUUGCAAUAGUCGGCGAGCGGCCUGGCUUUCUUGGAUGCUCGAAAAUGAUAAAGCAAUGAGCAAAGACAGAAAGAAGCAGACAUUGGAAGAAGUAGCCAUUUUGAGUACUUGGAUUGAAUACCGCAGAAGGAAGAAGCUCGAAAUUGGAUUUUUGGAUGGUGGAGGUGAGAAGAAAGGAAUUGAAGGAAUUGACGUUGGGAGAUUAGUUGGGAUUGAAGGGAUUGUGAAUGGGAUGUUUGGCAAUGAAGUUGCAGCUGGUAUGGGAGGGAGGGCACCCAGAGGAAUUGUGGGAACUGUUGGCAAUGCGGGGUUUGGCAAGGAUGGAACAUUUGUGGGUAAUGUUGGCAGAGGAGUGGUUGGCAAUGGUGGCAAUGCUGCUGCUCCGGUGGGCAAGUUUGGCAGGGUGGGCAACGUCGGUAUUGUUGGUUGUGAGGUUUGUAAAAGCUGGCGAGCCGCCUCGGUUACAUGAAUGCUUGGAAAUGACAAAGCAAUGAUCAGAGAUAGAAAGAUGCAAAGGUUAGAAAAAGAAGAAGAAGCCAUGCUGAUUGAUUGAUGCAGAAGAUCGAAGCUCCGCUUUGAGUUUCCAAGGUA